AAUGGUAUUGAUAUGGUUACAGCUGAUGAUCGUCGUUGGCCAGAAGGACAAUAUGGUCUUCCAACACGUAAUGGAAAAUUAAAAGAAGUUGAUAGAUUUGAUGCUGCGUUUUUUAAUGUUCAUCCAAAACAAGCACAUAAUAUGGAUCCACAAUUACGUCUUUUACUUGAAGUAACCUAUGAAAGUAUUUGUGAUGCUGGAAUUAAUCCAACAAAAUUACGUGGUACAAAAACAGGUGUUUUUAUUGGUGCAAGUGGUUCCGAUGCUCAAACUGCUUUUUCAUCAGAUCCACAAACACUUGAAGGUUAUAGUAUGACUGGCUGUGCAACAUCAAUGUUUGCUAAUCGACUUAGUUAUUUUUUUGACUUCAAAGGACCAUCAUAUACAGUUGAUACGGCUUGUUCAUCAAGUCUUUUAGCACUCGAUUGUGCUUUAAAUGCACUUCGUAGUGGUGCAUGUGAUUCAGCAAUUGUUGGUGGUGUUAAUCUUUGUUUUCGACCUCAAACAUCAUUACAAUUUCUUAAAUUACAAAUGUUGUCAAAUGAUGGUGCAUGUCGAGCAUUUGAUUCAAGUGGAACUGGUUAUGUUCGAUCGGAAACAGUUGCAACUGUAUUUAUACAAAAACGUCAAGAUGCUAAACGUUUAUAUGCAACAGUAUUACAUUCAAAAACAAAUACAGAUGGAUGGAAAAAAGAUGGUAUUACAUUUCCAAGUGGUGCCAUGCAAAAAACUUUACUUGAAAAUAUUUAUAAUGAAAUACAUCUUGAUCCUAAUCUUGUUGGUUAUGUUGAAGCACAUGGUACAGGAACACGUGCUGGUGAUCCACAAGAAAUAAAUUCAAUUGCACAAGUAUUUUGUAGUAAACGUGAACAACCAUUAUUAAUUGGUUCAACAAAAUCAAAUAUGGGUCAUCCUGAACCAGCAUCAGGUGUUGCUGCUUUAGCAAAAUUACUUGUUGCUAUACAAGAUGGACAUUUACCAGCUAAUUUACAUUACAAUUCACCAAAUACAGAUAUACAAGGUCUUACUGAUGGACGUCUUAAAGUUGUCACAGAAAAAACUGAAUUACCAAAUAAUUUAAUGGCAAUAAAUUCAUUUGGUUUUGGUGGUGCUAAUGUUCAUGCUGUUCUUGAUGUAAAUCGUAAUCGAAAAGAAAUCGAAAAUUCUUCACGAAAUGAAACACGUAUUGCAAUUACAUGUGCACGUACAGCUGAUGGAUGUGAAAAUAUUCUUAAACGUUUAAAACAAUCAGAAAAUAAUAUUGAAUUACAAGCAUUAAUGACAGAAAAUUCUUUUCAUCCAUCAUAUACACAUCCAUAUCGUGGUUUUACACUUUUAAAUUCUACAGAAUCAUCAACGAUAGUUCAGAAAUGUAAUAAUGAACGACGACCAAUAUGGUUUAUAUUUUCUGGUAUGGGUACACAGUGGUCUGGCAUGGGUCGUGAUUUAAUGGAAUUGAAAAUAUUUCGUCAAUCAAUUGAAAAGAGUGCAGUCGUACUUGAAAAAUAUAAUAUUGAUUUAUUUAAACUUAUUUUACAAUCAACACCAGCUGAUCUUGAUCAACCAAUAAAUAGUUUUGUUAGUAUUGCUGCUAUACAAAUUGCAUUAGUUGAUUGUUUAAAAACUAUGGGUGUACAACCAGAUGGAAUUGUUGGACAUAGUGUUGGAGAAUUAGGUUGUGCUUAUGCUGAUGGUUGUUUUACAGCUGAAGAAACAAUUUUAGCUGCUUAUUUUCGUGGUAAAUGUAUUCAAGAAGCAAAUCUUCCGGCAGGUGCUAUGGCUGCUGUUGGUUUAACAUGGGAAGAAUGUAAAGAAAUGUGUCCAUCAGAUAUAUCACCAGCUUGUCAUAAUGCAAUUGAUACAGUAACAAUCUCAGGUCCAAAACAAAGUGUUGAAAAUUUUGUUGCUGAACUUAAAGAAAAAAAAAAUUUUUGCUAA